GAAGUUGCCGCGAUAAGUGCCACAAGAUUCGUGUUUACGUGUGGGUGCCGCUCGGAAAAUCUCCUCCUGUACCAUUCUGCGCUGCGUCAGCCCUUGAAAAUGCUACCGAGAGUGCGGAGCUUGGAGUUGCCCCAUCAGGUCCAUCAUCAGGAGCCGAUGGUGGUCGACGAAGCCGAAGAACGACCCGAAGAGGUCGUUUCAGUCCAGAGUCCCACUUUCGACCUAGAAAUUUAUGCGGCGCAGUACGUAGGGUACGCGAAACUCAACAGAUUGUUAUUCAUCGCCGACCGCUGUCCGCCGAUGCGGAUCGAGGCUCUGAGAUUGGCUAUGGAUCACGUCAAGGGAACACUCAACGUGAAUAAAUACCAGGUAAUCUUCAAAAAACUCUGCGAAGCUCUACAAGAUGCCCGUUCGCAAGGAUUCCCCGAUUCGGCGGACGUGCAGGAUCUUCCGCAGAUUGACACUCAGUGGGUGGACUCCCGACUGAAGCAAGUCGCAGUCAAAACAGAGAAGCUCGACAACGAUCUUAAAAACUACAAGGCCAACUCCAUCAAAGAAAGCAUCCGCCGAGGCACCGACGAUCUCGGAGAUCACUACCUUGACUGCGGUGACUUGAACAACGCCUUGCGUGCUUUCGCUCGAGCUCGAGAUUACUGCACUUCGGGAAGACACGUAAUCGAUUACUGUUUGAAUGUGACGCGAGUUUCUGUCUACCUCCAGUAUUGGCAGCACAUCGAAAGCUAUGUCACUAAAGCAGAGAAUACACCAGAAUUCAUCGAAGCGACUUCUGGCUCAAACGAACCGGGCCCCAACCGAGAUGUUGUCAGUCCUGCGAUUGUCAAUAGGUUCCGCUGCUGCAAAGGUCUAGCGCAUCUUGCUUCGAAGAAGUACAAGAAGGCUGCUCUUCAUUUCUUGCAAAUCAAUGCGUACAGCUGCGACUUCCCUGAUAUUAUGGCCGCCAAGGACAUCGCGGUAUACGCCGGGUUGUGCGCAUUGGCCUCCUUCAAUCGGGCCGAGCUCUCGCGGGAAAUCAUCAACCAGCAGAACUCCAAGCAGUUCCUCGAACUCGAUCCCCAAUUGCGGGAUACUAUCCAGUACUUCUACGAAAGUCGAUACGGGAAAUGUCUCGCGCUCCUCGACUCGAUCCGAGACAACCUACUAUUAGACAUCUACUUGGCCCCUCAUGUAUCCUCCCUGUACAGCCUGAUUCGGAAGCGUGCCUGGAUACAGUAUUUUUCGCCGUAUAUCAGCGCGGAUAUGAAUCGGAUGGCCUCAGCCUUCAACACUACUGUGCGGCAGGUUGAAGAGGAAAUCAUGCAACUCAUCUUGGACAAUCAAAUCCAGGCCAGGAUUGAUUCACACAACAAGAUCGUCCACGCUAAGGACGUAGAUCAGAGAACGACAACAUUCCAGAAAUGCGUCGAGAUUGGCAAGGAGCUCGAGCGGAAAACCAGAGCUCUGAUGCUAAGAGCAACAUUGAUAAAGCAUCACGUCAUUGUCAAAUGUCCACCGCGUCUGACGACAACAGUGGCAAUGAAUGAGGACGAGAGGAAGAAGAGAGCUUCAGCUGAGAGGGUAAUGAAAACGGAGGUUUCAGACUCGAACCAAAUUUCGUGGACAGUCUGGACACGGAACAAACAUCGGUGAAAAGAUCGGGUCCCUUACUCCCUGGAUGAAUUGAAAAUAAGACUCGUUUGGGAUACGCGUUUCAGGGAUUGGGGCGAUGCUAGAGCU